GUGAGCGCUGCUGAGGUGGCCGGUGGGGCGGCAGCGGUUGCAGCCUCGCAGGGUCUGCCGCGCGAGCAAGACCACGGCGGACGAGAAUGGUUAGCGACCACCGGGGCAGACUUCAGGCGUGGGGCUCUGUUUUGCCAGCCCCCCAGCCCCUGACGAGCCUCCCUCUCCCAAGUCGCCCCGGGUGCUGAGAAAGAUGUGGCCGGGCAAGGUAGAAAAUGUCAAAUUACUAAAUCGUUAUACCAAUAGGAAGCCAGCAAAUGGGACGUUAUACCUGACAGCUACCCAUCUGAUCUACGUAGAUGCUUCAGCUGAAGUCCGGAAAGAAACAUGGAUUCUACAUCAUCAUAUAGCUACUGUGGAGAAGUUGCCUCUGACCACAUCUGGAUGCCCAUUGCUUAUUCACUGCAAGAACUUCCGUGUGGUACACUUUGUCAUUGGACAUGAACGGGAUUGUCAUGAAGUAUAUACAUCCUUGCUUAAACUUUCACAGCCAGUGAAACCUGAAGAACUUUAUGCAUUUUCUUAUAACCCCAAAAUGCCUAAAGAUAACCGGGAGAUUGGAUGGAAGCUGAUUGAUUUAAAAGUAGAUUAUCAGCGUAUGGGAAUUCCAAAUGAUUUCUGGGAAAUAUCGGAUGCUAAUAAGGACUAUGAGGUCUGCAACACGUACCCUCCAGAAAUAGUGGUGCCAAAGGCUGCUAAUAAAGCAACUGUGUUUGGAAGUUCAAAGUUCAGAAGCAGAGGGCGGAUCCCAGUGCUUUCCUAUCUUUACAAAGAAAACAAUGCUGCCAUAUGUCGCUGUAGCCAGCCUCUCUCUGGGUUCAGUGCUCGCUGUGUGGAGGAUGAACAGAUGCUGCAGGCAAUUAGACAAGCCAACCCAGGGAGUCCCUUCAUGUAUGUUGUAGACACAAGGCCAAAGUUAAAUGCCAUGGCAAACCGAGCUGCUGGUAAGGGUUAUGAGAAUGAAGAUAAUUAUGACAACAUUCGCUUUAAAUUCAUCGGCAUAGAAAACAUCCACGUGAUGCGGAGCAGCUUGCAGAAACUCUUGGAAGUGUGUGAAACAAAAUCUCCCUCAAUGAGUGACUUCCUUACUGGACUGGAGAAUUCAGGCUGGUUACGGCAUAUUAAAGCUGUAAUGGAUGCUGGAGUCUUUCUUGCUAAGGCAGUGAAAGAAGAAAAAGCCAGUGUCUUAGUCCACUGCUCAGAUGGGUGGGAUCGUACAGCUCAGGUCUGUUCACUGGCUAGCCUCCUCUUAGACCCGUUUUAUAGAACUUUUAAAGGACUCAUGGUUCUAAUAGAAAAGGAAUGGAUUGCGAUGGGCCACAAGUUCUCUCACAGGUGUGGCCAUCUCGAUGGUGAUGCAAAGGAAGUGUCCCCUGUCUUCACUCAGUUCGCUGAAUGUGUCUGGCAACUCAUGCAGCAGUUUCCCUGUGCAUUUGAAUUCAAUGAGCGGUUCCUCCUCGAAAUCCAUGACCAUGUCUACUCCUGCCAGUUUGGCAACUUCCUUGGGAGUUGCCAUAGGGAACGGGAGGCUCUGAAGAUCUUUGAGAAGACCCAUUCCCUGUGGCCUUUCCUAUUACAGAAGAAGCAGGAGUUCAGGAAUCCUCUGUAUAAGGGAUUCACAGCUUACAAGGAGCUUAAGCCAAACACUCUACCUUUCAGUUUCCAGUUCUGGUGCGGAAUGUAUAACCGCUUUGACAAAGGGAUGCAUCCAAAGCAGUGUGUGUUGGACCAUCUCCUCAACUGCAUGAGCCAGAAGAUAAAGUUGGAGGACAAUGCAACUGACCUGGAAAACAAGCUGCCCUUCCUAGAUGGUCCCCUGCCAGAUGAAGUUUGCUCCUUAUCUAAAAUUGUAAAUGCCUCAGUUGAGUCUUCGAAAACCCCAAUGCUGAACACUCCCCAGGAUUACGAAAGUGAACCACCUGCUUUGUUGACCAAUGGUGCCAUAGUGGAGGAAGUCGGCAUCAUGCCUGAUCGGGACCAAAGGAACAAAGAGAACCUUGCUAAUAACCAUGUCCUUCCUGACCUUAACAGCACCAUGGAAGUUACAGAAUUGGACGCUAAAAAAGAGAAGCUGCAGCACCAGUGAUUAGUUCUUAUAGUGUAGUCUGUAUGAGCCAUGCAAAUGUGGCAGUAAGGUAUGCAAAAUCUGUGCCCUGUGAAGGCAUAGCUGCCUCAACCAUGUACAGCCAAGUGUUAAUGUGUAUGUGUGGAGGGGCUGUUCUUUGUGAGGUGUGUGAACAACCUAGAGAAGGGAUUUUACCUUUAGUUUGGGUUGCAUCACCACAGAUUAAAAAAUGAAUGUGCGUGCAGAGCUACCUAGAAGGCUACCUUAACUGAGAGUAUAAACCUCAUUUUCCAGUGAAAAUGUGGUCUCUCCUACCAGGUUUUAAAGAUGACUUCCAUUACUGGGUUUUCAGAGUACAAAGAUGCUUUUGGUCACUUUGAUAUGGAGGGUUAAUAUCACACAGUAUUUAUAACUGGGAUAGGAGAGAUGUGAUUUGGGUUUUGGUAAUGAAAGGAUGUAAAUGCCAUUUUAGUUCACCUUAAAAUGUGGAUAUGCUAAAAAGGCUUUUCUUAGCUGUUUAAUGAUGCUCUGCAUGGAAUCCUACAUGGUAGCAGAGGCUGAUUAUUUUCAUUUCCUUUGCACGUUUGUUAGGAACUGUGCCUUUUUUUUUUACUGCGACCAUCUUAAUGUCCAACCGCGACAAUGUAAUUUUUAUUAUUGUAAUAUGCAGCUUUAGUACAUGAUUCUUUUGUGGUCAGUGUUUUUAAAACUCCGUUUUGUAUAUGUCCCUGCUGCCAACUUUCCUAGGAUCUCAGAUGGUCACCUGAGUCACUAGCUUUUCUUUACUCAAACGUGUCUUAGAAUAUCCUAUCCCUAUUUGAUUGAAUGUUCUUGAACCACACAAAAACAUACUGUAGUAUUUGCAUUUGACAGUGGUGAAGAAGUUUCCCCUAAAAUCCUGUGAGUUACAAACCAGAAAGGAGGGAAAUGUUUAAAUUUACCCCAGAACUUUUCUUGUUUUAUCCUUCCAACGUGGGUCUUGCAACAAGGGGAUAACUUUUUGUUCUGACCUAGAAAUAUGCUUUCUCUCAAACCUAGAAACAAGGCAGCAACAACAAAUGCAAUGAAUUUCUGUUGUUAAAAACUAAGACUAAAAAUGAUCGCCUCACAGCACAUCCUAAGUGUCAAUUGAGAAUGUAAUAGUUGAUCUUAAAACAUUAAUGCAAAUUCUGCUCACUUUGCAUUCCAUUUCCAGUGAAGACAUUCAAGCUCAUUUUCCCCCCCUCUAAAACAAAACAAGCAUUUCAUUAAUUUUAGUAACAGUUGCAGGUGCUCAGCAUCUCUCAUGGUAAAGUCCAUUAUACACACAAAAUACUAUGUAUCAGCUCCCGUUCUGGUAAAGCCAAAGAGGGAUGAUCCUACUGCUCAUAGUCUCCAUUCUCAUUGGCCUACCUUUCAGUAAUUUGCAUUCAGACAGGCAACUUUUUAAAAAGAUUUUAAUUAUAAUAAGCAGCACCUCUCAUGACAGUGGACUUUCUGAUUUUGUAAAACAGGUGAAAAAUGUGAUUGGGGAUUGUCAUCUUGUUAUUUGGGGGCGGGGGGGGGGGGGGGAAGGAGAGGAAAUCUCCCUGGGUUAGAAUUCUGGCUGAGUCAUGGACUCACUGUGGUGUUUGCCAAGUACUUGACUUCCUUAAAUCUCAGUAAAUUCAGCUGGAGAAAUUGGGUAAAAACAUACAAACAAAAAACCCAGCAAUAAGAAGAAACAAGUGUUCCAUCAGUACUGAACUUUUCUGGGGAAAUAUAUUGUCCUGAAAAUAUUUCUGCUUCCUCUGGUUCAAGUUUUAGAGUUUGUACUGGUCUUGAAACCCAGUUUUAGAUUUAUGGAAACCUAAUUCAAAUAGGAAUGUUUUCAAAGUUUUAAAAAAUAUAUUUCAAUAAAUAGUUCAGACAUUCCCCUGUGGUAAUAUGAAAUGCAGCAGCCCUCCUUGUAGAGCAUACAACUGUGAAUGUGAAACUGACUACAGGCUAUUUUUAGUGUUCAAACUGAUCAAUGUGUAGAGACUGGGGGAGUAAAACUAUGUAAAUAGCAAGAAGGAAACUAGCUCUGGUUUUAUGCCGACUGUAUUACUCUCAGUAUCUCGUUUGCAGUUUGGGCAAGAAAAUAUCCUGUUAUGGGUCUGAUCACAAUAUACGUAAUACAAAAAGGUGAAUGACAGAGAAUGUAUAGUGCCUAAAAUGGCAAUGAGGACAAGCCUUUUAAGUCUUUUUUUCUUUUUUUUUUCUUCAUUUGUGGAUUUUUCAGUUUUUAAAGCAAGCUGGUUUUAGUCUGAUUUAAAAAUAAAAAUAUUUGUUUUCAGGAUAUGAGGGAGGUAAUUACAUAGUAUCUAAAUGGUUUAAACACUGUAAAUAAGCACAUCAAAUACAGAACUCUGAUGGUGAAAAGAUCUGUUAGGGACAAAAAAGCCACUCUUCUACACAUGUUAAGUUAUGAUAUACACCAGAAAUACUGUAUUUAAAUGAUUAUGCAUUUAAUAUCUUGGUGUUUUUAGUUUAACACUUCUAAAUGCAUUAUUUCUGUGGCAAUGAAUCCCACAUCUCAAGAGAGGAAAAUCCACUCUUGAAUCCCUCUGCCUUCAAGAGAAGGGGGCUCUGCCCAACUCCUAAAAUCAAAACUACCCUGUAUGCUAACCUCUUUUUUCAUGCUUGCCACGCUAACAUAGUUGUUUUACAUAUAAAGGAAACACCUUUAAUCUCAGUCUGUUACUCCAGAAUUCUAAGUGUAUGCAUGGCUCAAAAUGCUUUUUUAGAUUUCCAUGGAAAACUGUAUUUUAAUGGGAACUUCUUUUCCUUCUGCCUCUCCGCAACAGUUUCCAUAAGAGAUUAAUUUCACACUGGCACUUUUUUCUGGUUGAGCCCUUUUCAAAAGGAUCAGUAGAUGUAGCUUGUCUUUCCUUUCUGAACAGGAGAAGAGGUGUAUUAAACCCUACAUAGGCCUUCCUGAAAUUGAGAACUUUGAAAUUGCACAUGAGGCCAGUAGAGGUACUUUUCAGGACCAAUUAUAUUAAACUUCAGCACUCUUCUAUGUGAUCUUUAAUGACAAUUGUAUACAAUGCUGUGUGUGUAAAAACAAUUUCCACUGACUAUUGUUGGAUUUAGCCAUACCAUUAAUCUUUGUACAAAAGAAUUUUGCAAAAUGUUUUUAUAGUCUUCAUACAGUACCUUGUCUUCUAAACCGCCCAUAGAUUUAUUGUGACCUUUAUUAUAUCUAGAACAAUCUGACAUUUUGACAUCUUUGCAAAUCCCUUGUAUUCUUGUCUUGGCUAUUAGUAUGUGCAUGCAGCUCUGGCAGGAUUACUCUACAUACUGAUAGUGAUCUUUGCAUUUAAUCUUGGUUUUGAUUUCAGUAGCAAAACUGUGCAUGGCUGCAAAUCUUCAAAAUGUAAAACUCAACUAAAAAGGGAAACUGUUUACAACAAAGUUCAUCUUGUUAAGAUGUAUGUUUGCACAAUUAGUGUGUAUCAGAAAUCAUUUGUACUAUAGUGCUAAUCAGAGCGCAGUAAAGUAGUAGUCAUGGGAACGAUUCCAUAGUUUCUUGAUACCGUAACAUUGUUGGACUAUCUGAAGACCAGCUAGUUGGAAGCUUUUCAUUCAAGAGGAAGAUUUUCUGUUUCAGAAAUAAAAGGCAGUUGAAAGCACUGCAGCAUGUCCUCUGGAUUCCUAUUGUUAGCAUUGGCUUCCUGUUGUUGCUUUCAAAAUGGUUGCAGAAGCCUAUGUUAUGUUUAUAAUGUCCUGCCUGCUGAUAAAAUGUUGAGUGAUUUGAUUAUAGGGCCCCUACUAGUGUAACAGGAAAUCUAAAAACUGUUACUAAGCAGUUGUCUUAAAUCCACCUUAUAGGAGACAAACUACUGUAACUUAUUUAUCCAGUGUCAGUGGCCUGCGUGUAUUGAGUCAAGACUACUUUUACCUGGAGCUGUAAACGGAACAGUGUUACAUGCCUCUUUCCAUUCUGACUUGUAUAACUGGAAAAUGAACUAUUUCAAGUGGGUGGUUUCUUGUUUGUAUAAAUGUUUUCUCUCCUGGAGGUUUUUUGUGUUUUGAAUUAGAAAUUCUGAUGGUUGCACAUCUGUAUAUAGUCUCUCACUUCACAUGCUACAAUUGAUAGUGUUACAAUGUGUGUGGGUAUCUGGUUGUAAAAUGUGUUGGUCCUAAGGAAGCUGUAGAUACUCUAACAUGCUUUAGAUGUUGAGAUGGAAGAGGUGCAAUGUGGCUUUUUUUUCACAUUCUUCAGAAUAUUUUAAUGAGCUUCAUAAUGCUGGAAUCUUAAAUUAUGCUUUUGUCUUGCAAAAUUGUUCUUUACAGUGAUGCUCUCUCCACUGCUUGGCAGAAAAAAGGGAAUGUUUAAUUGGGUCACAGCUGCUGUAGUUCUAGUUGGCCCUUUUUUUAGAGUAAACAAAACGUGGUUUAUACACUCUUUCCUAUGGCAUUGUCUAGCUGCAGUGUAUUUCUGCUGUUAGGGAAUUCCAUCCAUAAAAUGCAUAGGAAAAAACACUCCAAGUGGGAAGAGGGUGAAUGAGUGUUUGCUGGUUUUGUUCGCCAGUCCUUCUGACUAGGGAAGGAGACUGCUAGUAAUAGCUGGACAUUUUUGUUUUUUUAAACUUGUAUGGGUCCAAUUCCACAAGGUGCAGAGUGCCUCCUGGAUAUGCUUGCUACCUUCAAUGCCUAAUGAUAUCCACAGUUAGCUGAGAGAGUUUGGCACAUUGCAGGAUCAUGACCUAUACAAUUGCCUUUGUGCAUUUGAACUGACUCUCGGUCACAGAUGGAGAUAUGCUUUGGACCCAGUCUUCUGAGGUGCUUACUACUUCCAGUUCCCACUGAGGUCAGUGAGCAUUGGGCACUGUGCACUUUGCAGGAUCAGACCCUAUUCAGGAACAAUUGGUCUUCCAUUCAAGUUUUAGAGCUGGUGACUUAUGCAAUAAAUUAAAAAUCUGUUUUUUGAUACUAUUCAAUAAGAAAUAUAUGGGGGAUGACCAUUAUGUUGGGUCUGGAAGCAAAAAAAAAAAAUAAAUUUUUUUUCAUUUUUAAUCUCUUUUCUCCCCUCCAUCCCCAGUUUGCAAUGAGUGACCAGAUUCUUUGUGUGGAAAUGACUAAUGCACAUUGUGAAUCUGAAGCCGAUCCUUUUUUACGUUCUGUUCCCAUCACAUGCAGGCAUGUUCUGCUGGGGAAAGCCCUUUCCGAAUGUGAUAGUUUUUGUUUUAAUUAAAAUACUUUAUACAUCACUCAGUUAACACAAUUAAGCAAAUUCUCACAACAGGCAGUGUUAAAACCCUUGUUUUCCUAAAUAUCUGUAGUAUUAAUUGUACCCAACUCAGUACCAAUUGCAGUCAGUGUGAUUUGUUAGGGUAAGUAUUAAAACCACUCGUGCUGCUGCAUCCGUUGGUGUCUUCAAAUUGUAAAAGCAAUGCAGAAAGACUAGGUUAAAAUGUUUAGCCUAUGUCUUUUCUCAUAACAUUCAUUCAUGUGUGUGUAUAUAUGUAUCUGUAUUACUGUAGUAGUGUACUAAUGGUGCACUUAGCACUGGAUCUAGUCAUCUGUAAACAGAGCACAACAAGUACUUUUUUCUUAUACUAGACAUGAGUUGGUCUUUGUAGGAACUUCUCUAAAAUUCUGUGUUUUAGUCAGCUCAAAACUUUAAAUGUUUUUGCUAUUUCUGUAAGUCUGUUAGUAUUUUGUCUUUAAUGUACUUUCUUGAGGGACAGUUGUAUAAAAAUGUGUAUGAUUAAAGUCCAUGUGCUGUUUUCCUUGAAGCUGCAUAUGUGCAUAAGCUGCGUUGAUUCACUGCUGAACAUUUUUUUGUACCAUGUCUAGAGCAGCACUGUGUUCUUGUCUCAAACGGCAUUUGGUUGGCUCAAGACACUUCAUUUGCAUUACAAUUUUAUUUUUAUUUCCUACAAAAAUAAAAUUAAAGUCUUUGCAUUUUUAAGGUAAA